UUCGUCCAUCUCUAUAGGACUGUGUAGACGUUAGCAGCUGGCCGUACUCGUGCCGUUUAUUAAGCCGAGAAAUUUCAUCACUUCAAUUUAGAUUGCAAACAAACAAGCAGCGACCAUGUCAAUAAAGCUCAAAGCGAACCUAAACAAUCCGCCGAUAAGUGGCCUGGCGACGGCGCACCUUAUCAAUGACACCGUACCCGUGGAGAUUGUGUGGAGCAAGGAGGAGACCUCGGUGCAGUUCCCGGAUAAUCGGCUGCUAGUGUGCCAUUCCAACAAUGAUGUCCUCCGUGCCUUGGCAAGAGCUGCCCCGGAUUACAAGCUGUACGGUGAGACGGCUAUCGAAAGGACACAGAUUGAUCACUGGCUGUCCUUCUCGCUGACUUGCGAGGACGACAUUUCUUGGGCACUGUCCUUCCUGGACAAGUCCAUUGCCCCGGUUACCUAUCUGGUGGCCAACAAGCUGACCAUCGCCGACUUUGCACUUUUCAAUGAGAUGCACUCCCGCUAUGAGUUCCUGGCCGCCAAGGGCAUUCCGCAGCACGUUCAGCGUUGGUAUGACCUCAUCACCGCCCAGCCUUUGAUCCAGAAGGUCCUGAAAUCCCUUCCAGAGGGAGCGAGGGUCAAGAGGAGCCCACAGGCGUCUAAGGAGCAAACGCCCGCCAAAACGGGAGAGCGCAAGCAGGAGGGCAAGUUCGUCGAUCUGCCAGGUGCCGAAAUGGGCAAGGUGGUCGUCCGCUUCCCGCCAGAGGCAUCUGGAUACCUGCACAUUGGUCAUGCCAAGGCGGCGUUGCUGAACCAGUACUACGCCCUUGCCUUCCAGGGCACGCUUAUUAUGCGAUUUGAUGACACGAAUCCCGCCAAGGAGACCGUUGAAUUCGAGAACGUCAUUCUCGGCGAUCUGGAGCAGCUGCAAAUUAAGCCGGACGUGUUUACGCAUACCUCCAACUACUUUGACCUGAUGCUAGACUACUGUGUCCAGCUGAUCAAGGAGAGCAAGGCAUAUGUGGAUGACACGCCGCCGGAGCAGAUGAAGCUCGAACGCGAACAGCGCGUGGAGUCGGCCAAUCGCUCUAACUCCGUCGAAAAGAAUCUUGCCCUUUGGGAGGAGAUGGUUAAGGGUACUGAGCAGGGUCAAAAGUACUGCGUGCGGGCCAAGAUCGACAUGACCUCUGCCAACGGUUGCAUGCGCGAUCCCACCAUCUACCGCUGCAAGAACGAGCCACAUCCCCGCACAGGAACGAAAUACAAGGUGUAUCCCACCUACGACUUCGCCUGUCCCAUUGUGGACGCCAUCGAGAAUGUGACCCACACCCUGCGCACCACUGAAUACCACGAUCGUGAUGAUCAAUUCUACUGGUUCAUUGAUGCCCUUAAACUGAGAAAGCCGUACAUCUGGGAAUACAGUCGGUUGAACAUGACCAACACGGUGCUGUCCAAGAGGAAACUCACGUGGUUCGUGGACUCUGGUUUGGUAGACGGCUGGGAUGAUCCGCGUUUCCCAACGGUGCGUGGCAUCAUCCGUCGCGGCAUGACUGUGGAGGGCUUGAAGGAGUUCAUCAUUGCCCAGGGCAGCAGCAAAUCCGUGGUGUUCAUGAACUGGGACAAGAUUUGGGCCUUUAACAAGAAGGUGAUUGAUCCGAUUGCUCCUCGUUAUACUGCCUUGGAGAAGGAAAAGCGCAUUGUUGUAAAUGUUGCUGGUGCCAAGGUGGAGAGGAUCGAGGUUAACGUCCAUCCCAAGGAUGAAUCACUGGGCAAAAAGACCGUCUUACUGGGUCCCCGCAUUUACAUCGACUACGUUGAUGCGGAAGCAUUGAAGGAGGGUGAGAACGCAACCUUCAUUAACUGGGGCAACAUCCUCAUCAAGAAGGUGAACAAGGAUGCCUCUGGAAACAUAACGUCCGUUGAUGCUGCCCUCAACCUGGACAAUAAGGACUUCAAGAAAACUCUUAAGCUCACCUGGUUGGCUGUGGAAGAUGAUGCCAGUGCAUAUCCGCCCACAUUCUGCGUUUACUUCGACAACAUCAUCAGCAAAGCUGUUUUGGGCAAGGACGAGGACUUCAAGCAGUACAUUGGCCACAAGACUCGCGAUGAGGUUGAAAUGCUGGGCGAUCCUGAGCUGAAGAAGUGCAAGAAGGGCGAUAUUAUCCAGUUGCAGAGGCGUGGCUUCUUCAAGGUGGACAAUGCGUAUGCUCCUCCCAGUGGCUUCACGGGUGUUCCCUCGCCAAUUGUGUUGUUCUCCAUUCCCGAUGGCCACACGAAGGAUGUGCCCACCUCGGGCUUAAAAAUCAAUGCGCCGGACGCGAAGACAACGAAAAAGGCAUCCUCUCCUGUGAAAUCAACCGGUCAAGCUUCCGAAUUAAACAGCCAAAUUACCCAGCAAGGCGAUCUGGUGCGUGAUCUUAAAGCCAAGAAGGCAGCCAAGGAUCAAAUUGAUGCUGCUGUCAAAAAACUGCUCGCCCUGAAAGCGGAUUACAAAUCGGCCACUGGAAACGAUUGGAAACCUGGACAAACGCCAGCUGCUCCCGCCCCAGCUGCUCCCGCCCCAGCUGCUGCUUCUUCUUCUACUGCCAACGACGCAUCUUCAGUUAAUGCCAGCAUUCUGAAACAAGGCGAUCUGGUUAGAGAUCUGAAAGGAAAGAAGGCCGCCAAGCCCGAAAUCGACGCUGCCGUGAAGACUCUUCUAGAACUGAAGGCUCAGUACAAAGCCCUCACCGGUCAGGACUGGAAACCGGGCACUGUACCUCCCACUGCCGCUCCAGCUGCAUCUGCUGCUCCCCCGUCUGCUGCUAACGAUUCGGUUUCCCAGAUUCUAAACCAAAUCACUGCCCAGGGCGACAAGGUGCGUGAGCUGAAGUCAGCUAAGGCCGAUAAAACCACCAUCGAUGCUGCAGUAAAAACGCUGCUUAGCUUGAAGGCGGACUACAAGACAGCCACCGGAAGCGACUGGAAACCAGGCACCACAGCUCCCGCCCCAGCAGCAACUGCAGGAAAAGUCAAGCAGGAGAAGAACCCGGAACCUGCUUCUGCCCUUGCUGUUAACACACUGCUCGAAAAGAUCGCCCAACAGGGUGACAAAAUCCGUCAGUUGAAGUCAGCCAAAGCAGAGAAAUCCCUGGUGGACGCUGAGGUUAAACUGUUGCUAGCUUUGAAGACGGACUAUAAAUCUUUGACCGGUCAGGAGUGGAAACCAGGUACUGUGGCUCCUGCUCCAGCAACUGUCGCCGUUGUAGAUCUCACUGCUGGCGAUUCAGGCAACGACGUUGGAAGUGUUCUGGGCAAGAUUCAGGCACAGGGAGACAAGAUCAGGCAACUGAAGUCGGAGAAGGCGGCUAAAACCGUAAUCGAACCGGAGGUUAAGACUCUGUUGGCUCUUAAAGCGGAAUAUAAGACGCUGAGUGGUAAGGAUUGGACCCCGGACGCUAAAGUUGAACCCGUUGUAGUUAAAAAGGAAGCAAGUCCCGUUGAGAUGGCAUCGCCAGCUAAGGAUCAGCUCACCCUAGAGAUCAAUGCUCAGGGGGAGAAGGUGCGUGCGGCCAAGGGAAGCAAGGCAGCCAAGGAGGUAAUCGAUGCCGAGGUGGCCAAAUUGCUGGCGCUGAAAGCUAAGUACAAGGAGGUCACCGGCACCGAUUUCCCUGUUGCGGGACGAGGAGGCGGUGGCGGUGGAGGCGCUGCGAAGAAGCCUCCCAAGGAGGCUCAGCCGAAGCCAGCCAAGCCAGUGAAGAAGGAGCCAGCGGCCGAUGCUUCCGGCGCUGUGAAGAAGCAAACCCGCUUGGGUCUGGAGGCCACCAAGGAGGAUAACCUGCCCGAAUGGUACUCGCAGGUGAUCACCAAGGGGGAGUUGAUCGAGUACUACGACGUAUCCGGUUGCUACAUCCUGCGCCACUGGUCCUUUGCCAUUUGGAAGGCCAUCAAGAAUUGGUUCGAUGCUGAGAUCACCCGCAUGGGUGUCAAGGAGUGCUACUUCCCCAUCUUUGUUUCGAAAGCCGUUUUGGAGAAGGAGAAGACGCACAUAGCGGACUUCGCUCCCGAGGUGGCGUGGGUCACCAAGUCCGGUGACUCAGAUCUGGCCGAGCCCAUUGCCGUGCGUCCCACCUCCGAGACCGUCAUGUACCCCGCCUACGCCAAGUGGGUGCAAUCCUACAGGGAUCUGCCCAUUCGUCUCAAUCAGUGGAACAACGUUGUGCGCUGGGAAUUCAAGCAGCCAACCCCGUUCCUGCGCACCCGCGAGUUCCUCUGGCAGGAAGGUCACACCGCAUUCGCUGGCAAGGAGGAGGCCGAUAAGGAAGUGCUGGAUAUCCUCGAUCUGUACGCGUUGGUCUACACCCACUUGCUGGCCAUUCCCGUGGUUAAAGGUCGCAAGACCGAGAAGGAGAAGUUUGCGGGUGGUGACUACACCACCACGGUGGAGGCUUUCAUUUCCGCCUCCGGUCGAGCAAUCCAGGGAGCAACCAGUCACCAUUUAGGCCAGAACUUCUCCAAGAUGUUCGAGAUCGUUUACGAAGAUCCUGAAACGCAGCAGAAAAAGUACGCUUACCAGAACUCCUGGGGCAUAACCACGCGAACGAUUGGCGUGAUGAUCAUGGUGCAUGCUGACAACCAGGGUCUGGUGCUUCCACCUCACGUGGCCUGCAUUCAGGCUAUUGUGGUACCCUGUGGCAUUACAGUGAACACCAAGGAUGACGAGCGGGCGCAGUUGCUGGACGCCUGCAAGGCGUUGGAGAAGCGUCUGGUCGGAGGUGGAGUUCGUUGCGAGGGCGACUACCGGGAUAACUACUCGCCCGGCUGGAAGUUCAACCACUGGGAGCUGAAGGGAGUGCCACUGCGCUUGGAGGUCGGCCCCAAGGACCUGAAGGCCCAGCAACUGGUGGCCGUGCGUCGCGACACCGGCGAGAAGAUCACCAUCCCGCUGGCUGACGUUGAGAAGAAGAUUCCCGCUCUCCUCGAAACAAUUCACGAGAGCAUGCUGGCCAAGGCGCAAGUAGAUAUGGACAGCCACACCAAGAAGGUGUCCAACUGGAACGACUUCUGCAGCUUCCUCGAGCAGAAGAACAUCCUGCUGGCUCCCUUCUGUGGCGAUACGAGCUGCGAGGACAAGAUCAAGGCGGACAGUGCCCGUGGCGAAGAGGCCGAACCAGGAGCACCCGCCAUGGGCGCCAAGUCGCUGUGCAUCCCCUUUGAGCAGCCGGCUCCCAUCACGGCCAACGACAAGUGCAUCAACCCCGGCUGCACCAACAAGCCCAAGUUCUACACUCUCUUCGGACGUAGCUACUAAACGAAAGCGAGCUGGAACGAAGCCAGGCUUCAUUGUUUCUCCACACCAUACUUUUAACAUAAAAAUUCGAUUAAGUUCGAAGAACCGACAUGUACUCUGAUUUUUUGCAAGGAUCUUAAUUAUCAUGUUAAACCGAAUAAAACCUAAAAAUUUAAAUUAAAAA